AUGGUCUGCUGCGUGCUACCCCCCGAGCCGGAUCUCAACGGAAGGCCACUCACAAAUUGGGACUCUUUCAGGCAGAGAUCCGGGGCCCCGCCCGCCCUACCCGAAGAUGAUGAUGACCAGCUGCAUUGCUUCGAGUCAGGCCUCCUGGAAGGCUUGCAGUACCGGAAGCAUGGGAAGGUGCUCCUUCCCCGGCCUCUGACGCGAAGAGUGGCGCAAACCAUCAAGAAGCUGGAGUUCAAGGCACAGGACACGCUGCUCUGCAUCGCUCCCGAGCUCGGGGGGCAUAUGGUCCAACUGGAGGAGUGUCUCAUGCAGCUGGCCGAGCAUCGCUGCGACGAGGUGCAGGGCUUGGUUCCUUUUGGCCCCUGGGGCGUGCGCAUCCCGCCGCUGGAGGCGAAAAUCGCGGCUCUGGGCCAGCUUCCCCCGAGCUCGUCCCGGCGCCAAUGUCUCAUGACUUUCGUGCCUCCAAAAAUGCUGCCACGUUCCAGUGACGACCAGCUGGCCGUCGCUGCAAAGAUGGUUGUAAUCCUCGCUGACCCGCGCUACGUGCUAUUUAGACACCGCGAAAUAUGGAAUCGUGUUCGCUGGAUGUCGAGCAAGCCCGACAGCGAGUUCUCUCCCGAGCUCGUGGAUUUGGGCGUUGCCUUGGAGCACUACUUCGCCUCGGACUGCCACUAUGGAGGGUAUGUUAUGGAUCGCUACCGCGAUUGGAUGGUGGAGCAGGAGCAAUCUCCGCACAAGGUGAAGAUCAUCUUCCUCGAAGACCUUGUGAGAGAUCCUGAGCUUGUCAUCAAAGGCCUUGCGCACUUCCUGGAGGUUGACGAUCCUCGGGUGCCGCAGGCCGCGAUUACGAGGUUGAAGUCGGCGCAGGUGCAGGGUGGCCUCAUCAAGGCAGGCCUAUCUUCGGCGGAGGAGGUUGACUUCAUGCAGAGGAUCAGCAAGGAGGUUGAGCGAUGUUUGGCGCUGCUACCCAGCAGUGCACAAGAAAAAUGGUCCAGCAGCAUUGGCGAGUUCCUUGCAGCAGCAGACCUGCGCUGCAAGAAUCUCGCGAACCAGCUCCUCGAACAUGUCGCAUGGCAGGAGCCUCCCACCUGGGUGGCCCACAAUCUCAUGAUCUGCAAGCCUUGCAGCUUUGCGCCUCGAGGGAUCUGCCGAGCUGCCGACGCCUGCAACUUCUGCCACGCCCCAGGCCACGCGGCGCCCACCAGACGUCCCAGUAAGAAGGAGCGGAUGCGUCGUCUGCGCAGGCUCCAGCGACUUGUCUCACGAACACCAUCUCCUGAGGGACUUUCCAGCUGA